AUGAGGGAUUAUAAAGAUGUGGGACUAGAGGUGCAAAAAGACCCAUACUUCUACUUACUCUCAGAGGCAGAUAAGCAAAGAUCAAGAAACAUUCCCUUUAGAAUGCUCUUUGACCUUGGAGCCAUCGGUGGUUCAGCUGUUUAUUUUUUAACAAGACACAAUCAACUUAACAGCGUGAAAACUCUUUCAAUCUCACUUAACCUUGUCUUUGGUCUCACCUGGAGAGUGUUAUUCGCUGCAGUCAUCUCUGAUUAAAUUAGUAGAAGACUCUUCGUUAACUCAUAUAAACUAAAACAAAACCAAAUGGCCAACUAUGAAUGCAGAAAGAUUAUGGUUUAAUGGCCAAAUGCUAAGCAGCUUCCAGCCCCUCACUAGAAACAGGUUUCAACUUUCUUGGUAUGA